UUCAGCACUAUGGAGAGUCGCAAAUAUUCUGGCUAUCUAGCUGAUGAUGAGAGCUUCAGAAGACCUCAGGACAGAAACGCCCACGCCAGUUCAAGAAGAAGCCCCUGCGAUUGGAGAAGCCUGCUUAGGCCCCCGUCUCGCUGUCAGUUCCGAAAUCAACGUUCACCCACCUCCACCGGGACUUUCAACAAUUUUUCCCGGGGAGACCAAGGGAAGCGGAAACACUACCAGAGCAGCAGCAGCAGCAGCAAUGGGAGACCCAGCCAUCUGGCCAACGAAUUUUCAGAGUUUGUGGACUUCUUAGCAGAUGAGGAGGUCCUGGACAGCCUUCAGCUGAUUGUGGAGGACGCCGUCCGGAAGCUUCGCGACAUGACAACCCAGAGCGGGGAUCCCGUGUUUGACAUCCAAGAAGAUUCCCGCUCAAGUGUGGACAGUGAGUCGUGGACUUAUUCCUACAGUUCAAUGCACUCCCAGAUAAAAUAUCAAACCACCACGACCUCCAGCUCGGACGAUGACCAGGAAAAGCGCUUCACGAGUGGAGGGGAGUCGAAAUCAGGGGGCAAAAUAUGUCUCUUGGAUAAGUAUGUUGCCAGGCUCCCCAAAGAUGGAAAGAAGGCUGUGCGGGAACUGUCUGGAGGACUCCAUGCUGAGACGUUUUCCGAACAGUCGGGAGACAGCUACUUCUUCUGGCAAGAGCACUUGCAUGUCUGGGCCAAGUUAGCCAAGUCCAUGGAACAGCCCAGGAGAGAUUAUUUUGCCAAACUCAAGAAAGCCCUUCCACAAGAGUCGUUUUCACUCGAAUCGCUCCACAAGGAAAUCACCAGCGUCUUGAAACGGCCUACCCCGCGUUGCAUCCCACUGUAUUACGCCACCCAAGAGCCCUUCCACGCUUUGGAUUUCUUAGAAGAAAACAAAAUCCUCGUAGCGCUCCAAGAUAUCAUCAACCAAGCGGUUCUCAAAGUCCUGGAGGCCACCAUGACGGGUGGGAUCCCUUUUAUAGAUCUUUUUGACGAGCGAAGCUAUCUCUGGGAGUCAUCCGAGGAGGAAGAGGGCAGUGGUUCAGAAUCUGGAAGUGGGGAAGAAACUUCAGAGGAGGGUGAUGCCCCCGAGGAACCCCCACCCAAGCCGAAGUACGUCCCACCUCCUCUUCCAAAACCGAAACAGAAGAAACUGGACGCAAGCCAGACCGAAACCGAGACCACCAAAUCGACGAUUCUUACAAGGGACAUCAUCACUCCCAAAGAUAUUAAACGGGCCCGUCUGCAGGCUCGGCCACUUCCAAAGCAGUCAAUCAUUGACUUCUUGAUUGAAAACGCCGCAAAGAUGAUCUUGUACAAGUACAACUAUGAAACCCUUCUUUCCGAGAAACUGGGUUUCAUCUCGGUUCCGGUCACGAAAGUGUUGCUGGAAAUCAUGUUCGGCUACAAGAAAGUCAGGGGUAGUGGGAUCCGUCUUUCUUCUCAGAUUGACUGGACGAAAGUCUACGAGGAGGUCUACAAGAAGAGACCCCCCAAGCCCAAAGUGCCGAAACCGGACAAGAAGAAGGGUGGGGACAAGAAAAAGAAGAAACCCGGAGAGAAGACAAAAACAGACGAGAAGAAGACCACGCUCUUAAAACCCACAGGAGUACCAAAAGGAAAAGUCGUCGUAAUGAAGUUGCCCGGGGAGCAGGACACGAAGUCCCACAAAACAGAAGGCUUAACUUCCAUCACUGAGCAGGGGGAACCCGAUAUUUUUGAGAUCGUCCCUCCACAAUUUCCAACCGAUACUGAACCAGACCAGGUCUCCGCCGAUGAGUAUGGUUUCACCCAACCAUCAAGCUCAAGGCCAUCGGCUAUUGGAAGUCCAGACAGCGUGAAGGCCUCAACUGUUACAGUAGAAAAUCCCAGGAAAUUCGAAGAUGCUCCAGGGUCUCCUUCAGCAGCUGGCACUCCAAGGCACUCACAUUCCUCCCGAAAAGCCAACAUCGCCCCUCAGAGUAAUCGCGGGUCUACCGGUCUGUUACCAGAGGUGGAAUCGACCAGCCAGCUGCCUGAAGCUCAGCUGAAGAAAUCUUUUUCUCACAAGUCUAGCUUCGGUGGAGAAGGGAGCAAGACCGUUCUACCUAAAAUCUGAAGCUCAACUUCUGUCUGAUUAAUAAGCACACAUUUGUAUACGGCGCCAUAACUCAGAUAAAUGCCCUCGUUCCGCUGAAUCUAACCGGUAUCUCACCAGCAAGAUGAUCAGCCGGUUGGACUUUUGGAGGUUGAGUUUUUUCUUCAUAAAAUGUUGAGUUUAUUCUUCCUAAUCUGUCCUACCAUCUUGUCAGAGAGGUGACGGAGCUCCCUCUGACGGUUAUGUACUUUUUAACAUUAAAAAG